AUGAAAAUUGAAAAUUUUUUUGGCAACAACCAAAACGGGGAAUUGACCCCGUCCAGGAUUCCGAAAUCAGUCGAUAUCAAAUUCGAACUGAAGGCUGGAAACCCAGCAAUGGAGAGCUAUGCGAGCUUCCAAGCUCCCCAACAAGAAUCCACACAAGCUGUUGAACUCUACAAACAAACCCAAGAAAAAAUUCUCAUCCGAAAGAAAAAACUGGACGUCCAAUAUGCUCAAAAGGCCGUAGGCGAGUCCCUGGCUAGAGGCCUUCUGCCCAUUGCCAAAGGCCACAAGGCAUCUGCGGCAGAGAGAAUCUCAAUGGCCAUGCAAUCGUCCACACCAUCCUAG